CACGAGGACGCCGCCGCGCAGGGCUGAGCUUCCAGCGUCUUCAAGUAUUUCUACCCGCAUGCUGCCGCGCUCCGCCGCUACAACUCCGCCAGCGUUUGACUCACUCCGUGGCAGGGCAUCCAGGAUUUCCACUUGUCACUCCACGGUACCGACAACUAAGUGCAUCCCCCCCCAUUCAGCUAAAAUGUCCAAGUUGGACCAGAUCCUAAUUCUCGACCCUCCCUCCGACCUCAGAUUCAAAGGUCCCUUCACAGAUGUAGUAACCGCUAACCUCAAACUGAAGAACCCUUCUAGCAUGAGAGUAUGUUUCAAAGUGAAGACGACGGCGCCGCGCAGGUACUGCGUACGGCCGAACAGCGGCGUCAUCGAUCCGGGCGCUACUGUCAACAUCUCUGUUAUGCUACAGCCCUUCGACUACGACCCCAAUGAGAAAAGUAAACACAAAUUUAUGGUGCAGACGAUUUUCGCCUCAUCAAACAAUUCUGACAAUGAGUCCUUGUGGAAAGAUGCAAAACCUGACGAUCUCAUGGAUUCCAAGCUGAGAUGUGUCUUCGAGAUGCCUUCUGAAAACGAAGUGAAUGACGUGGAUGCGACAAGAGCAGCUCCCGUGAUAAACUCUAUGAAGGCCGAGCCGACGGUUCCCGCCGCCGCCGCAGACGACACAGAGAUGAAGAAGCUGCUGGAGAAGUGCAAGAGGCUGCAGACCGAGAUCAACAAGCUGAACGAUGAGAACAGGCAGUUGAAGGACGAGGGAAUAAGGAUGAGAAAGAUGCCCCCCCGCUCAGACCACAUGACACCAAACUCGACCAACGUCGUCGGACGAGAAACCAGCACCGCCUUCCUGCCCUCCCUCCUCGUCGUCAUAGCAGCCAUCUUCAUCGGGUUUUUCUUCGGAAAGUUCAUCUUGUAGACUGGUAUAAUGUACGCCGGCCAUAUCCCUCCGCUCCGGCUCCGAAAAGAAAAAAAGAAGAAGAAGAAAAAAGAAAAAAAAAAAAGAGGCCUGGAAGAGCAAGAAGUCUUUGUGUUGACUUUGCCAUAUCAUUGGUUGUGUGGCCUACAGUGAACACAUCUGUACAGCAUCAUCCAAAGGUGUCGCCUUUUUACAAUGUUGCACACUUAUUGAGCCCAGAGAGUUCACUAAAGAAGGCUUAAAAAAAGUGAUUUCUCCCUUUUUUCUUGUUUUCAGUUUUUGAUUAAUGGGUUUACAGGUAAUUUGGUAGGACAAUGGAAAGAUGUUUACCAUCUGGCAUCAAGGAUCACGGAAAAACGGGGAGCCAUCGGGAAGAAGCAGUGCAGUUUCUGAUCCUCUCUCUCUCUCUUUCUUUCUCUCUGUGCUUUUAAUAGGAAUUGAAUAAAAUGCUAGGCGUCUUGUAAAUGUCAUUUUAAAUCCUUUCAAACAAAAACACGGACAGAACUUUCAUUUAAACGGACUUGUCGCUGGGUUGCCUCUGAAGUAAAUUUGUUUGUAAUUUCUUCUACUUUCUGUUGGAACGUUUAGAUCCAUCUGGGGAAAUGGGUGCCUCGUUAUGUGCAUUUGUCCUGUCCCUUUCUUCACAAUUCAGAAUUAUUAUUAUUAUUAUUAUUAUUAUUAUUAUUAUUAAUAAACAUUAUUCAAUACAUUUAUUCCUUAUGAGGCAAGUAUUGACUGAAAUGAGGUAAAAUUCACUCCCAUGGUAUUAAUCAUUGACAAAAUAAAAUUGAAAAAAAAAGUGGUUUUUCAUAGCCAUCUUUUUUCUGUCACUUGGGGCGGGGAGGUGUUACAGAAACUGCUGUUUGUCAUUGUUUUCUGCCCAGCUUAUGAUUAAAGGAGCUAUAAGUAAGAUAUUUACUGUAAAAGCAACCUAAAUCAUUCUCAUUUGUCACCCAGGAUGGAAGUAAUAUUCCCUAUAAACAAUCGGUCCUCUCCAUCAACAAUGUCUUAGUCAUGUUUUUCUUUUCUUUUUCUUUUUAAAUCUAGAGGUACGGUCUGGAACUACUACGGUUCAGAGUGUUUACUUCCUGGUUCCUGAGCCAAUCAUAUGAGACAUCCCAGGGUUUUGAAAACAGGCAGCAUUUGGUAUUUUAUCCUGGCAAAAGAGCCGCAGCCUGGAAACAUGGAAGCUAGUAAGAGAAACGGACCAGAAAUGGAACAAAAUACUACAACAUGUAUAUCUAUGCUGUGGAAGUAAAAAAUCACAACAGCAACACGCCGUUUAAAAACGGCAUAUUAGAUUAUUGUGAUUGGAACGCUGUUGUACCAAUGUGAGCCACAAGGUGUCAGUAUUACUUACAGCUCCUUUUAAAAAUAUGUUGGUUUCAUGGUAUUAACCCAAACUUUUGAAUUACAAAAUGUAUAAACAUGGCUUAAUUUGACAACUAUUAAAUUGCUGCUGCUAAAAUGUU